CAGAAAUUUCUGCAUUUCCCUUCUCUGAUCAACAACCAAACAAUUCGAACGAGAAAGGACUUAGAUUCAAGAUAAACACUAUACAGAUUAAGCUCAUCUCUUCUCUACCCUCAGAAGAAUAUUGUCGCAUUUGUGUCCACUUCUGCUAUCACCAAACAAAUUUAACAGCUGCUUGAGAAAGGUACACCUUGCAAAUUACAAUUGAAUCCACCUUACUUUGGCUUCCCUGCUUCUUUCCUUUUGCUUCUGGACUUUGAUAGUGCUCUACUCUAGUUGAAUCUUCAUACUGUAAUCACCAGAAAAACUAAAUAGAAAAAGUAUCUUUGCCAUUUGCUUAUUCAGCCAGAAGAAAAAAAAAAAAAAGUUAUUGCAUCCUCUUUUUGAUCCUUACUUUGCUUGUCCUCGUGUCAUCGCUAUUUUUCAUCAAUUCAAUUGUUCUGUGAAUUUGUAUACACAGAAUAAAAAAAGAAUACCAAAAACCAAAAUCAAAACAACACUUCACUUUAGUUGGUAGUUCUUUUCAUUUCCUUGAUUUUGAUUUCAUCAAUUCCAUUAUUCUGUGAAUCUGCAUUCACUGGGCAAGAAAAUAACCUCUUGCCGUUACUUCCUUCCUUUCUUUCUUUCCUUGAUCAUCAAAAAGAAAAACAGAGUAGACAAAUGGCAGAUAUUGUGAUUACAGUUGUUGGAAAAUUAGCAGAGUACACAGUCGCACCUGUUCUGCGACAGUUUGGUUAUCUGAUUAACUACAAGAGCAAUGUUGAAGAUCUCACCGCGAAGGUUACAACUCUGACUGCCAAAAGAGAUGGGGUACAACAAAGUGUAGAUGCAGCGAAGAGGAACUUAGAGGAUAUUCUUCCUCUAGUUGACAACUGGUUGGAACGAGUAAAGCAGACCAUAGAAGAAAAGGAGACAUGUUUUGAAAAAGGAAGAGUAGCCAAGGCAACAACAUGCUGCAGCUCAAAUGGGUGGUGUCCAAAUCUGAAGGUUCGUCAUUCCUUGAGUAGGAAAGCAGCGAAGAUGGCUCCAGAGGUUGAUCACCUUAUUACAGAUGGAAAUUUCACCACAAUAACUUGUCCUGCUCCUCCGCCGAAAUUUGAAUAUCCAGCCAUACCAUAUUUUGAGGAUUCCACUGAGGCACCGGCCAAGCCACAUGAAGGGGCUAGCUCCUCCUCAGGAACAUCCAAUCCUGCUAAACCACCUGCACCUAUGGAUCUCUAUGCGCGUCUGCAAUAUAGGUUGCCUUACACAAAAGAUCUCUUGACGGCUCUGCAAGAUGACAAGAUCAGUAUGAUUGGCAUUUCUGGGACAAUCAGAGAGAUAGAUACAGUAACAACUAAAGAGUUCAUGAAAAGAAUGAAACAAAAAAAGCGCUUUGAAGAGGUUGCCAUGGCAGUUGUGUCCCAGGAUCCAGACUUGAAACGAAUACAAGGUGAAAUUGCAGAAAUGCUAGACCUGAAAUUGGAGAAUGGGAGUUUGGUUGAACGGGCAGAGAGGCUACGUGCUGUUUUACAGGCAUCCGAUUCCAAGAGGAUUCUUGUAAUACUGACUGAUGUCUGUGGAAUACCUGAUUUGGAAGCAAUUGGAAUUUCUCGUGUUGAUAUCAAGAAAAGCUGCAAGAUCAUGUUGAUUUCACAACUAUCAAAUGUGUUUGGUGAAAUGGGGACUCAGAGCAAUUUCAAAUUGUUAUUACAAUCCACUCCCAUAGCAAGACCUGUUGAGUUUGAAUCAAGAAUUUCAGUCAUAAGAGAUGUAAUGGAUGCCCUGACGGAUGAUGAAUCCAACCCCAUUGUAAUCUGUGGCAUGGGGGGAAUUGGCAAAACAACCUUGGUGAUGGAAAUUGGUGCCAAAGCGAGUGAAGUAGAUCUAUUUGAUGAUGUUGCAAUUGCAGAGUUUACACAAGAACCUGACUUGAUCAAAAUCCAGGGUAAAAUUGCGAAAGCUCUAGGUCUGGAACUUAAAGUAGAGGAUGACAGAGCAGCCAAGUUACGAGAAAGAUUAUCUAUGGGUACGAAAAAGGUCCUUGUAAUAUUGGACAAUGUUUGGGGACAACUAAAUCUGUGGGAACUAGGAAUUCCAAUUUCCCGUGAUCCAAAAAGUUGCAAACUUCUGGUAUCAUCACGGAAUCAAGAUAUCUUUAAAGAGAUGAGAACCAAAAAGAAUUUCCUCAUUGGUAGUUUGCCAAAACAUGAUGCCUGGAGUUUGUUUAAGAAGGUAGCAGGAGGUUCCAUUGAAAAUCCUGAUCUGCGUCUUAUAGCAGAACAGGUUCUGGAUGAAUGUGGUGGGUUACCGGUUGCAAUUUCUACGGUUGGAAGGGCACUACAAGAUGGAAAAAUUCCAGUAUGGAGAAGUGCACUCAGACAACUAAAACAAGCUUGCCCAAAAGACGUUCCAGGAGUGAUAGAGCAUGUGUAUGGAAAAAUAGAGUUCAGCUAUAAUUGUUUACCAAGCGAGCAAGCCAAAUCAUGUUUUUUGCUAUGUUGUCUAUUUCCCGAGAGUGAAGAUUUUACAAUUGGAUUAUUGGUUGUUUUUGGGAUUGUGCUUGGGCUUUUUAGAGGCAUUAAUUCAAUAUCUGAAGGAAGGGACUAUGUGGAAUCUUUGGUUGACAUACUCAAAGAUCGUUCUUUAUUGUUGAACGGUGAGAAAGGCAACUUGAGAAUGCAUGAUGUGGUGCGCCAUGUAGCCAUGUAUAUUGCCUCGGAAGAGAUGAGACAGAAGAAGAAUGAUCAGCUUGAAAGGAGAGUUGUGUUAAGACGGGGAGAAGAAUUGAACCAUUGGCGCAAGAAUAGUGUUAACAAGGAAUCUAUUUAUUGUAGUUCACUGACAACCAAUAUGAGUACUACUGAGCUUUUACUGUUGCUAUGCACAGAUUUUCAUAAACUGGAGCUGCCAGCCACAAUUUUUGAUGGAAUGGAAGAUCUCAAGGUUUUAUUUAUCGCGGGUUCAAUCCUCCCAUCCCUUCAACUUCUGAAAAAUCUUCAAGCACUCAUUCUAGUGGAGUGCCAGCUUUUUAAUAGUGAUGUCAUUCCAGAGCUACGGACACUCAUGAUACUCUGCUUAAAUAGAUCUGACAUCAAACAGUUGCCUGAUACAUUCAAAAAUUUAUCUAAUCUGAGGGUGUUAAGUUUGGCAGGAUGUACACAGCUUAAAGUAAUCUCACCAGGUGUUCUGUCGAGUUUAUCUCGUCUAGAAGAAUUGUACAUGUGGGAUAGCUUUGAAGAUUGGGUGGUUGAGAAACUGAGCUCAACAGAAUCAAUCAAUUGGAUCUCUCAAUUGGAGGUUGAUGCCCAACCAGAAGAAGUCGACAUGUGGAAGAGAUUCAACAGGUUGGCGAUUGAGAAACAAGCCUCAACAGAAACAACAACUGAUCUGAUCUCUCGACUGGAGGAUGAGGAAAGAAGUGAACCAGAGGAACUCGACAGCCUUGGAGAUCUGUUUGCAAAGUAUGUUGGAGAUCUAGAAGGAAACUACGACCAUCUCACAAGGUGGGCCAACUCUAUGGACUGGAGAGUUGGGUUACUUUCAGAGCUACUUUCCUUUUCCCAUUUGACUACUUUGGAAGUGGUUUUACCACCAAUUGACAUUCUGCGAACCAGCAAGCCAUUUCAUAAGCUUGAAAGAUUUAAGAUCUCUAUUGGAUGGGAUAAGCCUUAUCAAGACUUGGAGGACUUAAAGGGUAACUACUUGAGAGUUCAUGAUCUUGACGCAAGCUCUCUUGCGGAUACUGGAAUCAGUUUGUUGUUAAAGAAAACUAACAAGCUCGAGUUAAAAAUGAAGAAUUUGACGGACCCUCUCAAUGUCUUAGAUGUAAACUGCUGUGCAAACUUGGAGUCACUUACCCUCAAAGACUGUGAUACUCUGGAAUAUCUGAUUGACAUGACUCUUCAGCAAGAUACUCCACUAAGCGUCUUUCCUGUCUUGAAUUAUCUGGAAAUCGAUGGAGCAAGAAGGCUGAAAGAGAUUUUUCAUGGUGACCUGCCACUGGGAUCGCUUCAGAAACUAGAAAGGCUAACUUUACGGGAUUGCCAGUCAUUGGAAGCAAUUUUUGCCUUGGAAGGAUCGGGACAUCAUGUCAAAGAGAUCAACUUCCGUAGUUUGACAGACUUGGCACUUGAAGGUCUACCAAGCUUCACUGGAAUGAGCAGAAGUACUUGUAAGGGGAUGGAAAGGCAACUGGAAGGCAGCAGUCUCUAUCCCAAUAGUUUGACCGUUGAACAUUCACUUUUCUCUGACCCCAAGGUUGUCUUUCCCGUCUUGGAAUACCUGACAAUUAGCCGUCUGGGCAACUGGAAAGAGAUAUGGAAUAGCCGACUUUCACCCAACUCCUUCUCUGAAUUAAGAGAGCUCACUGUCGAGGAUUGUGACAAACUAUUGCAUUUGGUACCAACACAAAUGCAAAAUAGAUUGCAGAGAUUGGAGAGCAUAGGGGUAUUCAACUGUUCUUCACUGGAAGAGAUUUUUGAAGUCGGAAGAUUGACCGUCAAUGAAGGGAAUGCUUCAAUUUCUCAGUCAUACAAAAUACCUUCAAAUAUUUCCCAAUCUGAUCAAGAGAUGCAAAUAAAUGAUAUCAUGGAUUUCAAACAAUCUUGUCAAGGCUUUCAGAAUUUAACUGAACUAGAAGUUAGAUCUUGUGGCAGUUUGAGAUACCUGCUCUCUCCUUCGAUUGCCAGAGGUCUUGCCAAGCUCAAAUAUCUAACUAUAAGAUCUUGCGAGAUGAUCGAAGCAAUAGUCGCAGCAGAUGAGGGUGAAGAAACAGAGGAUGAAAGCAUGCUCCCUCAGCUAUAUUAUUUGGCUCUUGUGGAUCUACCCAAUCUUGGAAGCUUUUCGCAAGGCAAAUAUACUUUUGAUUGGCCACUAGUGGAAUGGAUCAUAAUUAACAAAUGCAACAAAAUGAACAACUUCUGUUCAGGAUCCCUCAGCAUCUCAAGGGAAGUGAGGAUACGAGUCUCUGAUUCUGGUGAGAAUCUCAAGCAGGAGCUGAAUGAUAGCAAGAAAGAAAGCUGAUCAGAUCUGGACGCAGUGCAUUUCUGCUCGUGGAGAAGUUAAUCUAGGAGUGGCUUGGUACAAGUCGGUUGGGAUGUUCUUUAUGUCUGCCGCAUUUUCCGCUCGAGCUCACUUCAGCCUGGGGAGCGGUGGCGACAGACACUUGUUUAAUCUAGUUGUGUGAUGAGUAGAAAAGAUAAGAAAAAAACGAUUGUUCUUGUAGUUUGAAUCCUUGUGUGUAUUUCAGAUUUUUUGUAGUCUUCUCGAAAAAAAGAAAAAAGAAAAAAAGAAUUUGUGUUAGUUAUCUGUGAUUGAUAUUGAGAGUUUUGGCCCAUUCUUGUGAUCUUGUCUGUAAUUUGGAUUUCUUAUCUUCUUGUGAAUUUGGAAACAACAACAAGUAGUUGUGUUGUAAUC